AGUUAGCUAGCAACGCAAUAGUGAAAUUGGGUCCCCCAGCAGCAAAUUGGCUGCCUUGCUGCACAAAAUGGUGGUGUUGCAAUGGUGGUGGGUAGGUGCAUGAUUGAGAGAGACCACAACGUUUCCAUGCUUUUCUUCUUCCAUGUGUUGUUGUUUCUGUGAAUGAGUUCAUGAGAGGGCCGAAUUGCUUAAAGCGGCGACGCCAUUGAACCUUUUGUGCCUGGAAGUGGGCCUUUGACUCUCUCACAACUGGAAGCAAGUCAGUCAGUCAGUCAAUCGUUGUGGUGAGCGUGAUAGUCAGUCAAAUGGAGUGGGCUGUGCCGUUGCCCUUUCGUGUUGCCGCCCCACAUCUUAAUUAACUUCAUGGAUACUAACUUAGACUCCACUACUGGUUUUUUUCGAUUUGGCUGCCGCUGCACGGAAACCUGCUUAAUUAAUUGUUUGUGUGAAUGAGAUGUACAGCGGGAAGUUCUGCGUGAAAGUAUUUUGCUCUUUUUUUUUUCUUUUUUCUUUUUUUUAAUGCUUUUUUGCUUUUCUUAUGAUUAGGAUUUUCAUUCAUCAUUGUGCGGUCAAAGAAAAUGGAACAUUCAUUUUCGAAUGAUUGAUAUUGUGCUGGAACCUGAAGCUCGUUUCGCAGGGUGUGUGUGUGUGUGUGAUGUGUUUUGAGUGUUUGUUAGGGAGGCGCGUGGAUGGAGUUGGAUUACGGUGAAGAAGGCGAGGAGGAGGAAUUUUAUGGUGGAGGAGACGCUUGUGGAUCGUUGCUGCUUUGUGGGUUGUUGUUCGUUGUGGGUUGUGGUGGUGCUGUGUAAUUUGGGCGAGACUUGGUUCGGGGUUGCUGGGUGGUAGUGUCACGGCGACUCAUGGCGGUGCAAGCCAUGGCGCGUGGUUCCUUGAACGGAGGAUUCAAACCCUCUACUACCGCAUGCGCUGCUCAUCGACCCUGUUGUGCGCACAGUGUGCGCAUUUCGCCGUCUUCUAGUAUGCUGUCUAGGCCCAACUGUGCUAGUUUCCACCAAAAUUGUGUACAAGCUAAUGUAUCGCGUUCCAGAGUAAUAAGACGAUGUGGAGGUGGUGGUGGUGGUGUUCACGAGCUCUUCUCGUGUCACCGCUGCUUGAGCCCCUUGUUGCCUUUCAGGAGCAUACCCUCCCCAAUGUUGCCCUCAAGGACAUUGUCUCGGUUUGUCGUUAGAAACGCGAAAGAAAGUAAGGGUAAAGACUCGAAAGGGAAGAAGCCGGGUGGUAAAGGAGGGGGAGGGAGAGGAGGAGGAGGAGCAAAGUCUCAGGGAGAAGCUGCUGCUGCUGGGAAAAAUUCAGCUCCAGCGAAGAAAGCAGGUCCGAGGGCUAAUGUGUGGAGUAGAGAUGUUGCAGAAGCAGAGUAUCAAGCCUCUAGAGGCGAUUCAGCGAAAAAUCCUAGCUCAAAGCAGAACGGGCGAAGUGUUACGGCAGGAGGAGGAGGCAGACAAGGCAGUGAUGGGAAAUCAGGAAGAGGGCAAGGUUCUAACGGAAAUGGAAUUGCGCCUCAAGUUGCGGCAGGGAGGCUUGAAAUGAACUUCGACGACGAUGACUACACUGGCGUGGUGGCUACGGGAGGCAUUCCUGUUGAGGUCCAAGAAGUGCUUCAGGCGCCGGAACAAAUGCCCAACCCGUUAUGGCCAACAUUUGUGAGCAGCAAUGCGGGAGUGUGGCAAGGGAUCGGAGCUGCAUUCUCUCCCAUUACAGCUGAGAUGGAGCCAGUGGCACUUGGAAGUUCGAAAGAGUAUCUCUACGACGCCACUGUGCUGUGCAAUGUAAACAUUAUCCCAGGUCCGGAGAAUGAUAAAAUCAAUGGCACCUCUCUGCACCGCAAGGUCAUGUGGAAGGUUGGGAAUAGCCAAGGGGAGCUAGGAUAUGAAGAGUUCGAUGACGAUGACGAGUUUGAGGACGACGAUCUAGAGGGUGAAGGGGACUUUACCGAGGGUGAGGGCAUUAAUGCUAUUGAGCUUGCAUCGUCAGCCAUCGCAGAAGGUAUGGUUUACCCACCGGAGGCUACAGGAGAGGAAUUUGGCACUGUAGAGGAGACCAAGGCGUUCCUUCAAGGCGCAGAAGCUAGACCCGAGGCACUUUACAAUCCUGACAAGGAAAACCAAGAAUGUGGUGUGCUCAGAGAAAGUGAUCCAGAGUGGAAAUCUAUGUUCAAGGCGGAAACAGCUGAUGCAGGGUUGGUAGAAGAGCUAAGGAACGCUACCGUGGGCACCGCUGCCGCUGUGGAUGAGGCACCUCUUGCAAAUAGUGAUAAUGUUUGGACCGAAGUUAUGGAAGAGGACACCAUGACCAUGGAACCAGGCCUUGUUUUUUUCUCGGAUGGUUCCUACUCAAGAGGCCCUGUAUCGCUUGUGCCAGAUGAUCUUGCUGCAAGCUACCCUGGGUACAAGGAGUCUCCAACAUUUAAAAUAGAGCAGUGCUUAGUGACGGGCAAACAUAAAAGGUUACGUCUUGUUCACACCAUUGCCAUCAUGGAAUCGGGAGAAGAGAUUCAAGUUCUCCGUGUCGCUGUAUACGAAGAACAAUGGAUGGGUCCUUGUAAUAUGGAGUCUAUCAGUGAAACAGGGGGUGUCUACCUAGCACCCUUUUCUCAACGAGACCGGCUCUCACCAAACAAGUUGACAGGCUCCUGGAAGACCUUCGAGAUGAGCGCCAUGGCGAUUCAUCAGCCCGAUGCCUCGCCCCUGACCCGACCUGCAUAUGCACAGUUUUGUCAAGAAGUAAUGCUGAAGCAAGAUCUCCCAGAGCCCCUCAUGGAGUACUUCGAAGAGGAAGAAGAGAGCGAACCCAUCAGCGAGGAUCCUGCUGUUUUAUGGUUACCAGGUGGCAUCACAGCCACAGUGCAGGCAAAGGAAGAAGGAAUUCUGACAGUAGGGAUAGGCUGGUUCUACGAUAAGGGGACGUUUUUGGCGAUGGAGCGAGAUUAUGGGCCUGACGGUAAGCUUUCAGAAGUGAGAUCACAAACCAAAGUUAAGGGCGGGUGGGCAGGUGGUAGGAUGUAGUUCACUUGCUAUUGUCGAAUUAUAUACAAAUUAAGUGAGUUUCACGCAUUCUGUGCAGGAGUGACAACCAAGCAAACAUUUUUGUAGACACACAUGAUACAGAUUUUUGCAACUUUGAUUAAUUCUUACAUGGAGUACUUAGCAGUUUUGGGGGUGAUGAUGUCAUUGUUCAAUAAUUGGAACAGUAUAAUUUUAUGUGUUGAUACCAAGAAUAAAGACAAUUGUGAUCAUUGGAAAA